AUGUCGACGGUGACCUGGUGGACGAGUUGCCUUCUUUCUUCCAGACAGUACAGCGUCUUGGCCGUCAUAGUCUUAUGCUACUAUGACUAUGAUGUUCUGUGCAUAUUGAGAGACGUACUCCAGUGUGGGCUGUUCAUCAUCUACGCAAUAUCCAUUGCUUUCCGCAUGUACGCGACGAACAGGCGCGACUGGCGAAUGCCGCUCCUGAUCCUCGCGCUGGGGCUCGUGUCCCCUGCUACGAGCAUUUAUGAUUAUAUGCAGCUGAAGGUGGCUAUUGUUACGUUGCUUGAACCUGUACUGCCAGGCGACGAGCACGUAGACCGUCACUACGCGCAUUGUUAUUGCGGCCCGGGUGUCGAACAUCCUCGCGGAUUUGCUUACGCUAAUCGCUACCUUGCGGAUGAAGUGAACCUGAAGCUUCCGGUCACGGCGUUUCUGCUGAGAGAUGGCACAACCUGCUACACACUACUAAUUAUGCUCGACGUCAUUAAACUUGCUUUGUACACCACAACCGUGUUUUUAGUCGUAUCAGCCUUCGUCAACGUCCUCAGCUCGAUCCUCAUCUCUCGCUUCUUCCUCAACCUCCGCCGGUUCUUCCAUUUCGACGUGUGCCACAUCGUGUGUGCGCAGCUGGCGGCUUCGCGGAUCUCGGACAUCGAUUUUGUGCUGAGCACGCUCGGAGACAUACCUGCUCCGUCGGGUGUUCCGGAGCUCAGCCAGCAUCUGCGAGUGCAAUGCCUAUGUCCUCCUGCUCGCACGUUAGUACUAGUGCUGGUGUUCCUCAGGGCUCAGCGAUGUGUCGGUGUCGCUCGGGGUGCAUGGGUGUGA